UUUUUUUAUUUUUUCCCCAUUUUGAAAAAUGUCCUCUCUGACACGUGAGUUUGACGCCAUCGUGUUUGGCGCGACGGGCUUCACUGGCGCAAUGGUCGUCGAGGACAUUGCGCGCUCGAACAAGGACAAGCUGAGCUGGGCGGUCGCCGGUCGCAACAAGGCCAAGCUGCAAGAGGUGCUCAACAAUGUCGCAAGCACGCUGAAUGACCAGUCGAUCAAGAACAUCCCGCUCGUCAUCGCGGACGUGGCAGACGAAGCAUCGCUCAAGGCCAUGGCUCAGCGUGCGCGCGUCAUCCUCGACUGCGUUGGACCUUAUCGCUUCUAUGGAGAGCAAGUCGUCAAGGCUUGCAUCGAUGCUGGCACCGACUUUCUUGACGUCAGCGGUGAACCGCAGUACCUCGAAACAAUCGCCCUCAAGUACCACAAGCAGGCGGAAGAGAAGGGCGUCAUUGUCGUGAACACUUGCGGAUUUGACUCGAUUCCUGCAGACUUGGGCACUGCGUUCGCCGUGCAGCAGUUUGGCACCCCCGAGCUGGUGUCCAACAUUGAAAGCUACCUGUCCAUUCACUCGGGACCGGAGGGAAUGGGUGGCCAUUAUGCCACCUACGAGUCGGCGGUGCACGGCUUUGGUGCUCGCGGCGAGCUCGAUCAGCUCCGCCGUCAGGCGGGUGCCAGCGCGCGGCUCCCGAUCGUUGCCCCUCCGAUCAAGCGACGCGCAGGUGCCUUUUUCCACAAGGAGAGCGAUCGCUGGUGCAUGCCGUUCAUGGGUGCUGAUGCGUCUGUUGUCAGGCGCACCCAGCGUGUCAACUACGAGGCUCGCGGCGUGUCCCCCAUCCAAUACGGCGCCUACUUUACCAUCUCGUCGUUCUGGACGCUGAUUCUCUUCUUCUUCUUCGGGUCCAUCUUCCAACUGUUUGCGCGCUAUCCGUUCGGGCGCAAGAUUUUGCUGAAGCACCCCAAGCUCUUCACGUUCGGCCUGUUUUCGCAUGAGGGCCCCACCCGUCGCCAGCUCAACACGACGUCCUUCUCCAUGACGUUCUACGCUCUUGGCUACUCUUCCAAGGACGCUGUCGAGACGAAGCGCCCCGACAAGAAAAUUGUCACUCGUGUUGCCGGCCCUGAGCCCGGUUACAUUGCCACGCCCAUCUUCCUGGUGCAGUCGGCUCUCGUGCUCCUUCAGGAGCGCAAAACCAUCCCGUACAAGGGCGGUGUGCUCACUCCCGCAGCUGCCUUCGCUCAGACUUCACUGAUUGAGCGAUUGCAGCAACAUGGUGUCAAUUUCUCUGUUAUCAAGGUUGAGGCGCUCAAGAAGUAGUCGCUCCUUGAAGCCAGGCCAAAUGGCGCCACUGCUUUUUUCUUAAAACCAACCGGAGAAUGGUUGUGUUCUGCUUUGAGCUUUCGCAAUCUUCUUUCGCCUGUUAUGAAAUCUGCAAUGCACACGCGCGAAAUACACCGGCCUUAUAUGUAUCC